AUGCCGAGUCCCACGCCGGUCUACCCACGUAUUGGCUCGCCUUUGCUGCGACAAAGACAGUCAGAACAGGCGAAUCGGCAAUUGACUUCAGUGCCAACGAUUCCAGUCGGCUUGUUGGAGAGCGCAAAGUUUGCCGAGGACAUGGUGUUUUAUCACCAUUUCACGGAUACCUCGCCAUACGGCACCCUCUCAAUCUUGUCAUUGAAUGAUAUCCUACAGGCUGAGCAUCUUGACAAGGCCUUUUUCCACGCUGCAUUGGCCUUGGCGGCGCUGGAUAUCUCUCAGGCAAGGCCGACGGAGGCGCUCGGUAGCAAGGCGGCACUGCAAGCCCUCGAUCACUUCGUCACUGCCCUCGGUACGGUGCGCAUGGCACAGCUCGACGAUGAGGGUAUCGCUACGGGCUGUCCGCCGAACCAAGACAACGCCAUCUCAUGGCUGGCGACUCUUUUACUGCUGGCCAACUUUGAACUACAGAGGGGCCAGAUGAAGCUGUGGUACAUCCAUAGCCGGGCUGCGGUCACCUUCUUGUCCCAACACCUUAACCGCGUGCAGGAUUCGCCCGUGGGAGAGUCGCUCAUCCGAUCGUUCUCUAGGAUCGCUGCGCUUCUGGACAUCUUUGACAGAGCAUACUCUGUACGCUACAGCAUAGCGUCUCCAGACGUCUCAGACUCUCUAAGCAGAUCUCUAGUAAACUCGCCUCAUUCAGCAGACCGGCUGCUCUAUAUCCUACCGCGGGUCAUCAAGCUAGAAGAAGAGUGGAGGAGCAAUCCCCAACACGACCUCCGUUGGCGAGAGCAAGCAGAAAGCCUAAUCCAAGAGUUGAAAGCCUGGCGAAAGACCGUUCCUGACUGUGACGUGCCGCCCUUACAUGAGCACACCGCAAACCCUUACAACGAAGGCACAGAAGGGCCCGGCAUCUCGAUCAGACCCCUCAGCAUCCCGUAUGCCCCGGAGCCCGUCAAGGCUGCAACGACCUUCAUGCACUAUCUCGUGUCCCUCCUCCGCUUAGAAACGAGGUACCUACCUGGCGCAGUGCGCCAAUUACCCCCCAAAGCAAAGAAAAUCGUCCUCCUCGUUUGCCGUCUCGCAGCGGGCGUACCCUACGCCUCCUGCGCGGCCGUCAACGCCUACUCCCACGGUAUGGUCGCGGCGAUGAUGAAUUGCUACCACAUGUCGGAGGAGCAAGAGGUCAAGGACUGGGUCAAGAAUUGGAUUGCUGGGUUCCCGCGCGAGAGGGAGGGCAUCUGGAACGUGCGGCACGCGCACCGCGUGUUGAACUACGUCGACCAGGAAUACACGCGUCGUGGCUCGCGCUACAACUGGGAGAUCAUCAAGGUUCGACUGAUAGAUCUUGAGACGGACGCCACGCCGAGCGAGGACGAGGAGACAGACCCUGACAAGUUUUCUGUCGAGAUUUAUUCGCGGCGCAAACGGGGCUGGAGCAUUGACUUUGUAGAAAUACCGUAG